AUGGACGGCGAAGCAAGCCCCCGCCGCUCCCCCGAGCCAGUCGAGCCGCCAGCAGUGCACGCCGAGUCGUCGAAAUCGGCGUCGCCACGGCGGCCAGACGCAGACGGCGAGGACGCCAAUGCGCCGCCAACAAAACGCGCCCGCCCGACGCGCGACCGCAAAGCAGAGGACACCACGCGCAGCCGGCGCAUGUUCGGCAACCUGCUCGGCACGCUGCAAAAGUUCAAGGACGACGACGGCAAGUCGCGCGGCAGCGAGGCGGCCAAGCGGCGCGAGCAGACGAGCGCGCGCAUCGCCGAGAGACUGCGCAGCGAGACGACCAAGCAGCAUGCGAUUGCCGAGACGGAGCGCGAGCUCAAGGCGCUCAAGGUCGCGGGCGAGAGCGCGGUCUAUGUGCUCAAGCACAAGGAGAUUGCGCUCGAGGCACAACACUCGGCGAUGCGCACAGCCGCGCGAUACCUCCACACGACGGCCGACAACCGCACGCCGCUGUUCGAGGUGCUUAUUCCUGCUGCGAGCUUGCCGCUUGCGCGCGGACCAGGACGGGGGGACAAGGGGCUCAAGGCGCUGUACUUUCUGCCAAAAGUGCUCUUACCGCACCAGGAGGAGCGGCUGCGCGCGCAGGCCGCCGACGCUGACACGGCCGCGGCGGACGCUGGCGCCGCGCUGCGUACCGAGAAGGAGGAAGCGCGGGCCGCUGCCGCUGCCAACCGCGAGCGGAUUGCCGAGCUCGGCGACAAACUGCACGAGCUCAAGGGGAAGCGUGGAGACGACUCGUCGGCGCCGCCCAGGGAAGAACCUCGCGACCGCGAACGUGAACGCGAGCGCGACGAGGUGUUCGAGGUCGACGUUACUGCGCACGGCGACGAGAUGGAGGUCGAGUAUUGA